GGGGAAGCGACAUCCUGCCCGAGCCCCUCGCCCGCCGCUGGCCGCCCACCGCCCUCCGCCAUGGACUGCUGCAAUGAGGGAGCCUGCACAAAGCUGGACGAGGACAUCCUGGACAUCCCUUUGGACGAUCCUGAUGCCAACGCGGCAGCUGCCAAGAUCCAGGCUAGUUUCCGUGGCCAUAUGACCCGCAAGAAGAUCAAAGGGGGUGAGAUUGAUCGGAAAACCAAGGACGCCGAGUGCACCAACAGCACCCGCGGCGGCGACCUCCGCAACGGUGACUAGGGGCCACCAGCUGCUCAGCGGAACCCCCUCGCCACCGAGUCCCCCCCACCGCCGCCCGCCGAGGCCCAGGAGCCCCUGCUUCACCCCCUGCCCCCCGCAUGCGUCCCCCGGGGUGCCCCCACAGCCAGGCUCGGCCCCUGUCCCUGGCUGCCCUCCCCCGCCCCAGACACCCCCUGCCCCAAUAAACGCCCCUGCCA